UCAGAGAACAAAACCACAUCAAAAUCAUCCACCUGAGCUACAAAUCUUCUCUAUAAUAUCUAAAUCUUACGAGCGGGAUACGCUUCUCUCUGUUCGAAAGUGGGAAGACUUCGCCAAAAGACAAGGAUCCACCAGAGAACAAUUAUUCUUUCUCCAUGAGUGUCUUCGUCAUUCAAUCCUACCAAACAGUGUAAGAUACAAACCACCAGUCAACUGCCCAAUGGGAUGGAAAUUGGCCGAACAAUGUGGAAGACGAAUGGUCAAAUUAAUGAUUACAGAUGCACAUUAUCGGAUCAAAAAAUAUCAACAAAUUAUAGAUAUCCAAAAAGCAAAAUUAGAGAAAACCCUCAACCAGGAACACCUGUCAACGCUGAUCACCGCAAUUACACUGUCAAGUGAAAAACACAGAGAACAAAGACGAAGAGUCCUCAAAACCAAGCUAGCCAAGAUUAGAAAACAACAACCAGACAAUACGCCCAUAGACUGCGUAGUCAACCUAUCAAAACAACCACUAUCAAAAAUGGAACAACAACUACUACAAAAAGGAUUAAACUACAACACCGGAGAUGCUUCAAAAACUGAUUUCUUCGCUGCCUUUGAAUCAUUACUCAAAUCAUCAAACUUGAACGAGGAAACACAGGAAGAGAUACGCCAAACAAUUGUACCAAUGGUCAAACAGAAAAGACAACACACACAACUCAGCGCUCAAGAACUAAAGGCCCUCAAAAAGCUGAAAAAUAGGAAGGACAUCGUCAUUUUACCAGCCGACAAAGGAAGAACAACAGUAGUCAUGGACAGAGAAGAAUAUACCAAGAAAGCUGAAGAACUACUCAAAGAUGAAGAUGUAUAUCAACAACUCCCAACAAAUCCCAUACAAACAUUGGAUAACCGCAUCCAAAGGACCUUAAACAAGCUCACCAAAACUGGACAGAUCACAAAACAAGACCAAUGGCGAAUGAAAUCCAAUGGACCAGUCCUACCCCGAUUCUACGGCAGACCAAAAAUACACAAGGCAAAUAUCCCAUUACGACCAAUUGUAUCACUCCCAGGAACUCCAACAUAUAAUUUAUCCAAAGAAUUAUACAGAAAACUAAAACACCUAACGGAAUCUUGCGAUCACUCCAUCAACUCUGCUAUCCAAUUCCUAGAGAAAAUCAGAGGCAUCCAAAUAGAUGAACAAGAAAUAAUGGUAUCAUUCGACGUGACAGCAUUAUAUACAUCCAUCGGACAAAACCUAGCAAAAGAAACCAUGGAGCAACUACUUAGCAACGACGAACAACUGCCACAACAAUCAAAAAUGCAACACACAAGCUGGAUGGAAUGCAUAAAUCUAUGCCUAACAACAUACUUCCAAUUCAACGGCCAAAUAUAGGAACAAGUCAAAGGAACACCCAUGGGAUCACCAAUAUCAGGUUUGAUUGCAGAAGCAGUGAUGCAAAGACUCGAAAAUAUAAUUCUACCAAAGAUCAAACCCAAGAUUUGGAUACGCUACGUCGACGACACAUUUGUAAUCAUCAAAAGAAACGAAUUAGAUAAAACUCACAACUUAAUAAACAACGUCUUCAACGACAUCAAAUUCACAAGAGAAGAGGAAUCCGAGAACAAAAUACCAUUUUUGGACGUCUUAGUCAGGCGAACAACUACAGGAGAAUUAGAAACUCAAGUUUAUAGGAAAUCAACUCACACAGACCAAAUACUGAAUUACAACAGCAACAACCCAAUAACACACAAAAGGAAUUGCAUACAA